AUGGAAUCCAUUCACAUCAAUAUGUCAAGCACACCUCUUGUGAAUCACACAACUAAUUCUGAAUUCAAGACAAAGAGACCUCGGGUCAUGUCAAAAAAUGGACACAGUAAUGUGAGGAUUGACAAAGUUGAUGGUAUCUACUUACUUUACCUUCAAGACUUAUGGACAACAGUUAUAGACAUGAAGUGGAGGUACAAACUCUCUCUAUUUGCUGCCACUUUUGUGGUGACCUGGUUCCUAUUUGGAGUCAUCUAUUAUGUGAUCGCAUUUCUUCAUGGGGAUUUGGAACAGAGUGAGCAUUCCCAAAAUCAAACAGCCUGCAUUAUGAAAGUCAACUCCUUAACAGGGGCAUUUCUCUUUUCUCUUGAGUCACAGACAACUAUUGGAUAUGGUGCCCGUUUCAUCACUGAAGAGUGUCCUCAUGCUAUUUUCUUGCUGGUUAUUCAACUAGUUAUAACAACCUUAAUUGAGAUCUUUAUUACUGGCACUUUCCUGGCCAAAAUUGCAAGACCUAAAAAACGGGCUGAGACCAUUAAGUUUAGCCAUUGUGCUGUCAUUACCAAGCAUAAUGGGAAGUUAUGCCUGGUGAUUCAAGUGGCCAAUAUGAGGAAAAGUCUUUUGAUCCAAUGUCAGCUUUCUGGCAAGCUCCUCAAGACUCACCUUACCAAAGAAGGGGAAAUGAUACUACUCAACCAAGCGACAGUCAAGUUUCACGUGGAUUCCUCUUCUGAAAGUCCCUUCCUCAUUCUACCCAUGACAUUCUAUCAUGUGCUGGAUGAGACAAGUCCCUUGAGAGAUCUGACAUCCCAAAAUCUGAAAGAAAAGGAUUUUGAAUUAGUGGUUCUCCUUAAUGCCACAGUGGAGUCCACUAGUGCUGUCUGCCAGAGCCGAACAUCUUAUAUCCCAGAGGAGAUCUACUGGGGAUUUGAAUUUGUACCUGUGGUAUCUCUCUCCAAAAAUGGAAAGUAUGUGGCUGAUUUUAGUCAAUUUGAAGAAAUCCGAAGAAGUUCAGACUGUACAUUUUAUUGUAUAGACCCAGAAAAACAAAAACUUGAAAUGAAAUACAGGGAAGAAGAGCAGAGAGAGAGGGAACUCAGGACAAUUUUGUUACAACAGAAUAAUACCUGAUUACAUUGGAAUCCAAAAUUUUA